GACAUUGUCAGGAUUUUUUGGUUUCCUUGGUUUAGAAUUGAAGACGUUCGCCUCUUAUUUUCAAUUUCUUUCUUUCCCUACCUCUAGCGCUAACAUGCCUCUGCGGAUUCCAUACACCUGUACUCCAUGCCUUCGCCGGGGGUAUUCCUCUUCAACGGCCCCUCCCCACCCCCCGCCAACUGGUAUAUCAAACUUAUCCCGUUACCGGCAACUUAUCGAAAUCCACGGGAGAGAUGCACCAAAGUAUCUUCAAGGAUUAACCACGGGAGAUAUUCCCAUGCAAUCCGAUAGCCUGGGCACUUAUUCUGCCUUUCUGAAUGCUCAAGGAAAAGUCCUCUAUGACAUCUUCAUAUACCCGACGAACCGCAACCACCGAUGGCGCGCCCAAAUCGAGCAAAAGAAUUUCCAACCCCCCGGUUGUCCUCCCACCAAAAAAGGGCCCGAGGUAGAUGAACCUGGUUUCUUCAUAGAAUGCGACAUAAGAUCCGCCGAUGCGCUCCUCAAUCAUAUAAGACGGUAUAAACUCUCCUCAAAAUUCCACUCCCGCCUAAUACCCAAGGGUGAAUGGGACAUGUGGGCAAUCUGGGACGACCACCGACUCCUACCCACGAGCCUCGGCGAAAUUGGGUGCACGGAUACUCGGGCACCCAAUCUCGGAAAGCGAGUCGCCGUGUUCGGUGGUAAAAAUAUAGGCGUAGAAGUAGACGUCGAGGUCUACAACGUUCGAAGAAUGCUCCACGGCGUUCCAGAAGGCCAAAACGAGAUACUAAACGGCGGGAACAUAGCGCAAGAGAGCAACAUGGACUACAUGGGUGGUGUGGAUUUCCGCAAGGGCUGCUACGUCGGUCAGGAAUUGACCAUCCGGACGCACCACACGGGGGUUGUGCGGAAGCGGGUUCUCCCCGUUCAACUCUUCCGCCCUGAAGAUCCUGUGCCGGAAAAACUCACUUAUGAUCCCAACCUCGACCUCGCGCCGUUACUACCCGGGGAGACCCUCAACAUAAGCAAAUUGGAAGAGAGCGGACGGAGUGCUGGGAAGUUCUUGCGGGGUGUCGGGAAUAUUGGGCUGGCGCUUUGCAGGCUGGAGAUUAUGACGGACUUGGAGAAUGGGAGGAAGAGGGAGGGUAAGACAGUGCCGGAGUUCAAGCUUGAUGUCGAGGGGAGUGAGCUCAGAGUUAAGGCAUUCGUGCCAGAGUGGCAUUUUAUGGGGAAUGCUACUACUUCUAGGAGGGUCCCGGAUACAGCGUCUGAGAUUGACUGAGCACGCUAGCUACUGUAUUUCCUUGUCUUCUCGGUGUAUUUAAUCGCUAUAUAUCACUACUCAAUCCGUAGGCUAUCC